AUGCCCGUGCGUGCAUUAGACACGUCGGGCAGUGCAGAUCGUGAUCAGAAGACCGAGUCGGUUCUAUCUAUCGGCCGAGCCCAUCUUGAGUGCGAUGACCGCCUAGUCAUUUGCGACCAGGCGCUGCAAGAGGCGAGUGUCAAUGCUGUUGCCGCUGACUUGGAUUCGUCGGAUUUGGGGCCAAAUCCAGCGCCAUUGGGAGCCUCGUCAGCGAGUGUGACGUGCGUUAGCAUCAAUGCGGUCAGACUUCGGCGAGCAGAUCAUGCUGUUGCCGCAAACCCAUCGUUCGUCUGCGUCGCGGUUCUCGGUCACAGUACUCAUCAGCCGAGCGGCUUCGCUUCUGGUCCAGCUCGCGCCUUCCAUUUCGGCUUCCAUGGCCUUUCAAGUGUGCGCAAGUCCCAACGCACCAUCGCCGCUGCUCUGCUCGGAGGAGCAUCCACCCCUCCGCCGUGCAAAGCGGUUGAUCGACAGAUGCAUCAACAAUCGCCGGACUGUCGGGGAUGGAUGACUGGAACUGGAAUUCGCACACCGGCCGCCUUAGAACUCCGUCACUGUCGACUCGCCAGUGCUCGAUCAGAGUUCGCAUGGAGGCAGCUGCAGUCGGCAGCAGUCUACCCCGUCUUUGAAGUGAGCGCCAUUUGCCACCUCGACAUCGUAGAGCGUCGGCACGUCAAACGUCCGAGUCGAUCGCUCAGCUCCCUGUUCCGGACCGCCAGAUCCGCGCUUGCUGUGGGACCUAGCUCAGCCGCCCCGCCAUUCGCUCCGCUCUGGCUUUGUCUCGUCUCGCCAUUGUCGCGCGCGCUUCGGCGUUCCAAGGCAAAGCAACUAGGGUGGGAGAAGUUGUCGGGAUCAAAGACUGCGGCGCACCCGAUGCGGCACUCCGGUGAGCUUACGGCACGGCUUCCGGUAUUCCCGACGGGAUGCGAUGGCAUCGGUGACGAGAGACGUGCUUGGCCGGCUUGA